AUGGCGCAGCAGUGGGCCUCAGCAGUGCCUACUCCGAAGCCUUCCGGGGGCGCUGCUUGGAGGCUUCUGGAUGUGAAUCUCAUCAUCGUCGGCUGUGGCCCCGAGGCUGUACAGCUGCUGCAGAGACGGGUAGAUGCUGGCGGAAGGGCAUGCCUGCUUUGGACCGACCGGCCACCGCGGCACCUCCCAAGCAGGCUUGAGCCGUGUGAGCACGACCGGCUACUCUUCGACCCCGCAACGUUUCGAUGGCAGCCACCAGCCCUUGCAAGCACCAGCUGCCCCGAAGUUCGGCACUUGCGGCGCCGCUUUCGAAGCACAAAUUACGGCUUCAUGCGAGCCGGCCCUGAUAUCGUGGCUCUUGCCGAGGAAGAGUCCUACGAGCUCCUUUUUCAGGGCCAAGACUUGGUUGGCCUGCGUGUGCUGCUUGACGAUGAAGUGCUGUGGGAGCUGUCAGGUGCCGUUCUUCGGGUCGAUCCACCUCUUGAGCCGCAGCAUCAGUUGCCUCUGUCACCCCUUGCAGGGUGGGCAGAGACCGUCGAUGUGCACGUGCAGCAGGAAGAGGCAUUGCCGCAGAUGUUUGUUGACGGGGGUGGCCUGGUGAGCAUCGCCUUUGGAGCUGCGUACUACAUGCUUGCUCACUUUUCUUCGCACAUCGUCGUCAACUUCUACGAGCGCGACGUUCAACCCGGAGAUGUUGGCUGGUGGUGGUUCAUGGGCCGCACCCAGACGGCGUGGGCGGGACAUGUUUGGUCGCAUCAGUUGGCACAUGGCUUGCUCGGCUACCGACAGCCUUUCGGACCAGCUGUUCUGGCAUUUCUUGUCGGCUUCCUUGUAUGGACUCUUUGGGAGAUGGCCUUAUUAAUGCUGCCAAUGCUCGGACCGAAUGGGUGGCAUGGAUGGCGAAUACAGUACUUUGUGAUGUCAAGCUGCGGAUUUGAGAUAUCGUCAGUUUCGCAGCUGAUCGUGAGCACUUGUGCGAGUCGCUCAACUCGCAUAAAACCGUAUAGCACGUCAAGGACCAAGGACACGAGAGGACACAUUCUGUGGACAGCUUUCUUGCUUUCCCUGAAUAUGGUCUUGGUUCUUUCCCAGUGGAGCAUACUCGUUGUCUACACGUAG